AUGAUGGCCUACGGGGGCACCGCUGGUAACGGGGGCGCGAUGGGCCCGACGUCCGGCGGCAGCGGCGGCGGUGGUGCGGAUGUCCUGGGUACCACUGCCGGCGACUACAGCCCUCAGAGCACGCCCAAUCCCACACCCCUGACCGGACACUCGACCACGGGUAGCACGGUGGAGAACGCUUACACGCCCGGCGUAACCGGAGCGGCCAGCUACAGCCCCCAGGAUAGCCCGGCGAGCUCCGCCGGGGGCAGCGGUAACGGCCAGCUGCCGAGUUUUGGUUUCACGCAGGAGCAAGUGGCGUGUGUCUGCGAGGCGAUGGUGUCGAAUGUCCAGGUUCUCCAGCAGGCAGGCUCCGUGGAGAGGCUCAGCCGAUUUCUAUGGUCUCUGCCGGCGUGCACCAGAUUGCACCGGCAUGAGAGCGUCCUCAAAGCCAAGGCGAUCGUUGCCUUUCAUCGGGGCCAAUUCAAGGAGCUCUACAGGAUCCUGGAGAGCCACACCUUCAACCCGAACAAUCAUCCGAAGUUGCAGAAUCUCUGGCUCAAGGCCCACUACAUCGAAGCCGAGAGGUUGCGCGGCAGGCCCCUCGGCGCAGUUGGCAAGUACCGGGUGCGCCGUAAGUUUCCGCUACCGCGCACCAUCUGGGACGGCGAAGAGACGUCUUACUGCUUCAAAGAGAAGUCCAGGAGCGUCCUGAGGGAAUGGUACGCCAACAAUCCGUAUCCGUCGCCGCGCGAAAAGCGAGAUUUGGCGGAGAGCACCGGCCUUACCACCACGCAAGUCAGUAAUUGGUUCAAAAAUAGGAGACAGAGAGAUCGCGCUGCCGAGCAUAGUGGCCAGAGGGAGGAUAAAACUCACGGCGGAGGUCUCGGGGACUCUAGCAGCGAGAGCGGCGACGAAACAAAGCGACAGUCCAGCCAGCAGCAACAGCAACAACAACCGUCUUCCUGUGCGAUUCAACAGCAACAGCAGCAGCAGCAGCAGCAGCAACAAAUGGUGGACCAUCAGCAAACCUCUAGCAUGUACCAACUUCCGCCACCAGCUUCCGUCUCAGUUUCCAGCCCGCAUUCGUACCACCAAGGCCACAGUUCGACCUUGAGCCAUCCGCACAUGCAGCACCACGACACGAGUUCCGAAAGCGGUGACGACAAGAGGAACCUUCAUCAUCAGUUGCAGCAUCAUCUCCAGGUGGGCACCCAUGGCGCUCAUGGUUUAGUCCAUCCUGCCGCCACCUUGCCCCCACCACCGCCUAGCUGCGCUCAACAGAAAAGUCAGCUAGAUUACAUGCAAUACUAUCCACAGGACUAUCUAAUCGGCACGCCAACCUCCGCGGAUCUGCAGAAGUCCUUGCCGCACACGGCAACGUCGAUGCAGAUGGGUGCGAUUGCCCCUUCUAUGGGCGGGUUGAGCCCGAUGGGCCCCUCGUCGAUGCUGUCCAACACCAUGCAAAGCGUCAACACCAUGAAUACCAUGUCGAUGAACGGCAUGGGCAUGGGCGCUUACCAAGGCAUGGGUUCCAUGGGAAUGUCGACGUCGCAUACGAGUUACCACAGCGGCCUCGUGCUGGGUGAAUACCAUUCGUUGUGACCUUGGGCCCCAAGUACUCAGAGCAAGAGGAGUCAAGAGAAGACUUAAUGCACAUGGGCGGAGCGCAAGACUUCCGAUCGAUCAAGGUACUCGAGUAGCUUGUCGAAAUUAGGAUCGUCAAUAAAUUAUUACCGCUGAAGAAAAAUCAA